GGUAGGGUGGGGGUGUUAGCUACGGUUGGAGAAAGCCAAGAAGACGAUAAUAAUGGCAGUGAGGCGCACAAAGCCGACAGCUUCGGCCCCACCCGCCACCAACCGACCCCAUCUUCAUCUUCCUAGAAUUAACAUUCCUCUCCUCUUUGCUUUCCAAAUUCCAAUUACCCAUCCAAAACAAACCCCCCCCCCCACCCCUCCUCUCCUCGUUAAAAUUUGUUGCUCCAAUCGUUCCAACCCGCCAUACUGAUUUUUCCGAUUAGAAGCUGUGAUGAAAGGCAAUCUGGGUAGUUCUGGCGGCGGCGGCGGCGGAGCUUCGUCCACGUCGACGGUGUCCCGGGAGGACAACCUCCUGGUUUUGACUUCCGAUGAAUCCUCACCGUACCAAUUCCAGCCGCCUGAAUCGUCUGAUCUUGAGUUGGGUCUUGGCUUGAGCCUCGGCGUCGGCGGUCAGUAUGAUGGGAGUAGGGUCGUCGCGGCUAAGCACUUCCCUUUUAUGGAUUCGAAGUCGUCUUCCUCUUCUUCUUCUGCUUCUUCAUCUGCUUCUUCUUCAUUGACCAAAGCUAAUUGCUCCGCCGGCACCAAGAGAACCGCUGAUUCCUUUUCGCCACCGCUGCCCGCUAAUCGUGGCGGUGUCAGGAAUCAAUAUGUGGGAUGGCCUCCUGUCAGAGCUUAUAGAAUGAACAGCUUGGCCAACCAAGCAAAAUUACCUUCCAGUGAAGAAUUUCAGUCUACGGUCGAGAAAACUAACAAAAAGAAUGUUGUGGUAGAUGUUACUAACAGUAGCAUCCAUAAGAACAAACAAGAUGUUGAAGAGAAAGGACAGCUGCAGACUUCACUUUUUGUGAAGGUGAACAUGGACGGAAAUGGAAUUGGAAGAAAGGUGGAUCUGAAUGCUCAUCGCUCAUAUGAAACCCUAGCACAAGCACUGGAGAACAUGUUCUGUAGACCCACCACAACUGCUGGACCAAAUAUGGACGAGCAUGAUGUAAAUGCAGAGCAAAUAGUUUCACACUCCAAGUUAUUGGAUGGAUCAUCAGAGUUUGUGCUAACAUAUGAAGACAAAGAAGGAGACUGGAUGCUAGUUGGUGAUGUUCCAUGGGGGAUGUUUCUUAGCUCUGUGAAGAGGCUAAGGAUCAUGAGGACAUCAGAGGCUAAAGGAUUCGAACCAAGAUUUCAAGAAAGAAAUGGGAGACAAAGUGAGGGCAUCUAGAUUAUAUUUUCCACCUUAUUUUCAGGAUGAUGAAAAGACUUGGCAUUUGAAGAGUGAAAUACAGAGAAGAAAAGAGACUGCAUUUUGUUGGAGUAAUAACUAGUCCUCUUCGGUUUAUUUCCGUUUGGAGAUUUACAUGGUCUUUCACAUAUUAUACCUUGUUCACCGGUCCGUUGGGAGAGGUUUUUGUCUAAAUGAUAACAGCAUCUUGCUUAUCUAUGAUACAUACAAAUGCAUAGUUUGGGACUAUUUCAAUAUAGUUUUGUUUUUGGUGUA